GGGCAAUGGCGGACGAUGACGACUCGCGCGAAGGUCCUCUGUUAUUGAUGCGUCCAUCGUGGCCAGCAGCGUUCGUCGCGCUUUAGUUUUCUCACUCGAGGCAAUACAAAGCGGUGUACUGUGUCCUAAAGGAGGCAAACGUUCAUGGAAAGAGUGCAAAAGGAACGACGAGAGAAGAUAAUGCGCGACGGCGCCAAAAUGAGACGGAAAACGUAAAAGUGUAAAAAAAAGACGCGAAAAGUACAGACUUCAUGUUUCGCGUUUCUGCGUCGCGAUGUCGGGACGUGUAACGUGAUGCGACCUGCAAACAUGUUGAUUCCAACUGCGACGUGUCGUGAAGCAAAUGGCGAAUGAGAGACGCGCAAGUGUUGUAAAUAGACGUCUUCCGCUUCUCUCUCUCAUCGAACCAGACAUGGGGCGCAACGACGUGUGACUCCGAGGUAAAAGAUGGGCUUGAUGAACAUUACCGAUGACGAUAAUGCUCGCAACGGACGAUGAGCGGGUGCACGCCGGAGACCGAUACGACGCAUCGAUCCGAGACGUACGUAGCAGCGUGCCCAGGGGAGCCGGAGAGCAGGAAAGUCGUGCACUGAGAGGAAUGUUUGAGAAGGAUCACCCGUGAAUCCGCGCGCUGGUGGGGAAACAUCGCCGGGUGCAUCUCAGCACCGGCCAGCGAUGGAUUUCUGAGCCCACCACGGCGACUUCCUAAAUGCACAUCUGGAUUCACAAACCGGCGGGCAGGUAUUACGGCUUCGCCGGCCGCCGGUACCCUCCCGCGCCUGUGCCCAAAACACGGUCUAACCGAUGUCGGCGCUGCAGUGAACGCAGGCAGAUGGUGACGUCGGUGCACCGAAUCCAGGGCCUCGGAGGUAAUUUUGCAACCGGAAACGCGUCGUCAGCUGGACCUAGUAAUUCCCGCCGGAACGUCAUCCGAUCGACGGCAUCCGUACGGAGCCACAAUAGCAACAACAACAACAAUAACAACGAGAAUCGUCAUCAUGGCUCGUCGUCGCUCAACGCAGCCCAGCUCGCCCAGCUGAACAACAUCCCCAACAAUGUCACAGACGUUAGCAACAACCAGUUGAUUCUGUCUAACGCGACCAGCACAAACAGCAGCAACAGGGGCUGCCAGUUUUUGGGGUUUUCCGAGUUCAGCGACGCUGACCUAGCCGGCUACCGAUUGCGUUGCGGCAUCUGGAUCACUUUCAUAUUAGUAACGACCUUUGUGGCGAUCGCCAAAUUCUACUUCGGUUAUCGGUCUAAUCAGUCCCUGCUUGUCUGCGCGCGCCAACAGGAGCCGGGUCCGGAGUUGUUCGUGUUCUGUGGACUGCUGACGCUGCUGCUACUGGGCUGCCUGUACUCGAUCUUCUGCAACGGACAGGAGAGACUACGUGACAGCCAAAACCAUCAGGACGAUGGUGAUCGGUCAGAGCACAGUGCUCGCAUGCAGGAAGACCACAUUGUUGCUCUAACGAGCGCAUCCAGUGUCAGUGAGAGUGUCGUCGGCAGAGCGGCGGCGACAGUGCCAACGACAACGGUGAGACAGAACCCGCCGCCACCUCCUUAUCACAUCGCUAUCCUGAUACCGCCACCGCCGCCCACGUCCUCGGACGAGGCGCCGCCACCUUCCUACGACAAGAUCAUGCGAUGAGAUCGCGUCGAGUCGGCGAUAUUCGCGAGGUCGGGCCAGUGAGAUUCGUCCGAAGCUUCUUCCCUCGACCGUUUCUCAUGUCCGCUGCGGAAGUAGCAGAAAUUAAUUCUCAGGAUCAGGCAACUUCCACACAUCUGUGAUAAGAGCGCAAUGAUAACACAUCGACACGAGGUCGCGGUCAAUUCGGGAAAAAGAGUAGAUCCGCGCGAUAUUUUUUAGUGGGCAUUACGCACGGCGGGAGUCACCGCGCACCGCCACCUGCGUUUACUUUCUACGGACAAAUGUAUCGUAAUGUAAUCUUAUACUGUACUUUAUGUAUCAUAUGUGCUAUAUUCGAGUCUUGGUUGAUUAUAACUAUUUAUUUCCUUGCCUUCGGCACUUAACGACACUCGGCGGGAGAAACGAUAGAUGGAGACGACGAAGGAGUGUGAUAUAUUUCAUUUAGGCUUAAUUGCGCGGUGCAAUGUGAAGUCGAUCAACCCGCACUUGAUUCUUUCAUUUUUGUUUUCCAGGAUUUUUGCCUCUCGCUGACGGUCCGCAAAGUUGCUUGCCGUUCUCGAGUGCGUAUCUUCGUAUAAUUUCAAGUAUUCGUUCGAUUAUUUUAUUCUCUUGCAGUAUUUUUAUCGUGCGAUAAGGUGCGUAUACAAGAAGGUCUAUUCCCGUUACAGACUCGUUAUGUGAAAGAAAAGAAGCGCACAAACCCAAAUAUGCGAUUCGAGCCGUGGUGUCAAAUUCGCGAAACGCGUGUACGGCUCGAUUGCCUCUCAUGAUAAGCUGAUAAUAACACUGCGUGUUCAUAACAGGUGCGUUUGGCGCGCAAUCGCGAUUUUCAACUGGAUACGAUGUUCACUAAACGCCUUUGUCUGAACGCCACACACACAUACACACAGAGUAUACAUUGCGUGCUUUAAUAAUAUAUAGGCGUGCACGCGGUAUCUCGUAAGUCAUAUAAUACGGAGAUGUUAGAAAGCUACGUGUUGUCGCAUGAACGUAAUCGAUCGAAUAUACGAUUUUAUAUUUCUUUUUCCAUGAAUGCGUGUGUGACAGCAAGGAAAGGAAAAAAAGAGAGAGAGAGAGAGAAAAAGAAUGCAUGUAAAUGAUUGCUUGCGUCAUAUAAUUCUGUAUAUUUCAAGACAGCUACAUAUAUUACAUUCUGACGUGAGAUUCCGUUUGAACGCUCUGUGUAACUAUAAGUCGCAACCAUACUGUGAUGUACAAAAUUCAUCUUCCUUUCUAACUGCACUUCAGGACACUGUAGGAAAGAAGGAAGCAACAUUCAAAUUCUUCUUGAAAAUUUGACGUAAAAUUCGAAGGCGUCUAUCACAAAUUGUGUAUUGUUUCGUCCAUACAAUGAAAUAAACUAUCGGCUGGAGCGUUUCUCGCGGAACGUGAAAGAGGAAAUUAUAAAAAUCGAAGAAGAAUUUUGCUUCCGUGUGCUCCAUCUUUUCUAUUGAUCCCUGAAUAUACAUUCAUUUCAUCUCGAGUCACGAGCGUGAGAGAGUGCAGCUAAAACGAGACGGACCUAAAGUCCGCGUUCUUCCUUAUACUACGUCACAGUUUAAGAAAAUCGAUUUUCGCCGUUGUACGAGGUUCUCCAAAAAGUAUUUUUCACCGGGCCUGUUCUUAUUACCUACACUCUUCCAAAAUGAACUCAUAAGAUAGAAGUAAGGAAAGGCCACGUGUGGUGCUGCACUGAGUGUAACUAACGAGAACAACAAACCCGGAAAUUCUCUCAACAUAUGAUACAGGUACGGUACAAUCAUUCGCGCGAGAAGACACUCGCGAGAUUGAUUCGCAAGUUAAGUAAGCGUGUCACUUUAAAUUGCCGGACAAAUGACGAUGAAUAAAGCGAAGGCGAAUAAAAUUUUUCCUCUGUAAAGCGCAGCUUCAUGUACAUGUCGCGAAAGAUGAAUUCUCUAGCUCUGAUAGUUAUUCUACGAUAUAUUAUAUAUCGCCGGUCUUAAUCGAAGUCUUAACAAAGCGUGACUGUCGAGAGUGUAAUUUCUUCUAAAGAUAAUCAUACAAUAUAAAUUCUAGGCAUUCUCUUAUUUAAAAAGAACUCAAGAACUUCAUUAUACAUUAUAUCAUUAUAAAUUAUAAUGAUAUAAAAGUUUUAAAUAUAAAUUUACAAUUUAUAUCGUACUAGAAUGUAAAGGAAUGUACAUAAAUGUAAAUGUAAGCGAAAUGUAAGUAGUGAAACGUGUAGGUUUUUUUUGUUUAAAUGUCGGUUUUCUCCGUGUCUGCUGAGCUAAUUUACUUAGUGGAUUUCUUAAGACCGACGAUAUGCGUUUUCCACUAAGUUACGGUACAUAUAUUACUAUGAUACAAACGAGAUUACAGUCUUCGUGGUAUAAUAAUAAUAAAUCACUGAUACCGAUU